GCACCCGGCUCGUGAGUCGUUUAUCUUUGCCCCCAAACGUCUGCAGACACGUCUGACACGUCCAACUCACCACCAACCACCAACCUCUCCUCGCCAUGGCCUCUCUCGCUCGGAUACGUCCUCGUCUUCCUCGUAAAUUGCCACUAGCUAUAGCCCGCGCGCUCAAUACGUCUGCAGACUCUACUCAACUCUCGGAGGACGCUUCACAUUCCGAACCCUUCUCUGUCAAGCUCCAUGAUGACUCUUUCCGUUCGUAUCGUACAGAGACGCCUGGCUUGGACGUGGAGGUGACGAAGGAUGGUCUGCUCAAAAUGUACAAGGGUAUGACGACUAUACGUCGCAUGGAGAUGGCAGCGGAUGCUUUGUACAAGCAAAAACUCAUUCGUGGUUUCUGCCAUUUGGCUAUUGGCCAGGAAGCCGUUUCUGUUGGUCUUGAAUCUGGUAUUACACCCGAGGACCGUGUCAUUACUGCCUACCGUUGCCACCCGUUCGCUGUCCUCCGAGGGGGUUCCAUUAAAGGUGUCAUCGCUGAGCUCCUCGGUCGAGUAGACGGCAUGUCGAAAGGAAAGGGUGGAUCUAUGCAUAUGUUCACCCCCUCUUUCUUCGGAGGAAAUGGUAUCGUCGGUGCUCAAGUUCCCGUUGGUGCCGGUAUUGCUUUCGCGCAAAAAUACAUGAACAAGCCAGUUGCGACAUAUGCUAUGUAUGGUGAUGGUGCAAGUAACCAGGGCCAGGUGUUCGAGGCGUUCAACAUGGCCAAGCUCUGGGACCUUCCUUGCGUUUUCGUGUGCGAGAACAACAAGUAUGGUAUGGGUACUUCGGCGGAGCGUAGCUCCUCAAACACCGAGUACUUCACUCGCGGUGACAAGAUCCCUGGUAUCCAGGCCAACGGUAUGGAUAUCAUCGCUGUUCAAAAGGCUGUCCGGUACACUCGUGAGUGGGUCACGAGCGGAAAGGGCCCUAUUAUUCUCGAAUUCGUAACCUACCGUUACGGUGGUCACUCGAUGUCCGACCCCGGAACCACUUACCGUACUCGUGAAGAGAUCCAGCGUAUGCGUUCUACGCAGGACCCUAUCCGUGGCUUGCAACGCUACAUUGAGGAGUGGGGUCUUGCGUCUGAGGGGGAGCUUAAGAAACUUGACAAGGAGGCUAAAGCUGAAGUCGAUAAAGCUGUCGAGGAGGCCAAGGCUUCACCCUUCCCCGAACCCAAGGAUCUCUGGAAGAACGUCUACUACGCUGGUACUGAGCCUGCCUACCUGCGUGGACGGGAGCGUGAGGAGGUGUGUUUCAGUGCUCUUCGUUGUUUGAUCCUCCCUGACAUUUCCUUGCAGAUUCACUACUACUGAGGCAGGAUACGAUACCCGAUGCUUUUAGGAUUUGUGCUUUGUUGUUUGCAGUGGUUUCGUUUAGUAGGCCUAACUUUAUUAUCGCAUAGACGUUUACUACUACGUUUCUACUAUACAUGUCGAUCUUGAUGCAACUAUGGUGUCUUCAGGAUAUAGUCCCAUACUGCAACAUGUUGAAGACUAGCUCGAGAUAUGUAGUGUCCAUUAUGUCAAAUGAGAUUACAGGUAGCGGAAUAGGUUGCAGGGAAGUUAUGCGAGAGGUCCCGAACGUGUUCUGAUGUGAACUAUUUGUCCAUCAUCGGUAAUGACUUUGAAUCGUACUACAAGCAAGUUUAGGACGUAUAUCGGUGGGUAAAGAGCAAUAGACGUACAGAUUGUAA